AUGGAUUAUGUACAUAAUAAAGCAAAUAGAGAAAAUGUAAAACCAGGAAGAAUAAUUAUUUUACCAUCAACAUUUACUGGAGGACCACGUUCGUAUCAACAAUCUUUUAUGGAUGCCAUGCGAUUAGUUCAAGAAUUUGGAAAACCUGAUUUAUUCAUUACAAUGACAUGUAAUCCAAAAUGGCGAGAGAUUAGAGAAAAUUUUUUGGAAGGUGAAAUUGCGACUGAUCGACCGGAUAUUGUAGCUAGAGUUUUUCAACAAAAGGUAAAAUCGCUUAUGAGUGAAUUAAAAGAUAAAAAUAUUUUUGGAUCAGUUCUCGCUUAUGUGUAUGUAACAGAAUUCCAAAAGCGUGGAUUGCCACACAUACAUUUAAUUUUAUUUUUGGAUAAAACUUUUGCGAUUCGUGAUGCAGAAUCUGUAGAUAAAAUAAUAUGUGCAGAAAUUCCAGAUAAAACAAAAAAUCCAGAACUUUUUAAAAUUGUAAAACAAUUUCAAGUCCAUGGACCUUGUGGAAAGCAAAAUAUGAAUUCGCCUUGCAUGAAUCUGGAAACAAAAAUUUGCGUGAAACAUUAUCCAAAACCAUUUUGUUCAGAAACAAAUUAUGAUUCAAAAAACUAUCCGGAAUAUAGACGAAGAAAUGAUGGUAAAAAAAUUAUUUUUAAUAUAAAAGAUGGAACAAUUAAAUGCACUGCAGCCAAUUCGAUGAUUGUACCAUAUAAUCCGUAUUUGAGUAAAACAUUUGAAUGUCACAUUAAUGUUGUAGCAUGUGGUAGUAUAGGUGGUGUGAAAUACUUAUUUAAGUAUUGUUUUAAGGGCCAUGACUGUGCAAUGGUAGGUAUUAAAGAUAAUAAUGAUUUAAUGCACUAUGAUGAACCUCAACAUUAUUUGAAUACACGUUAUGUAUGUCCACCAGAAGCAAUGCAUAGAUUAUUCGAAUUUAAUAUGCACGAACAAUCACAUGCGGCAUACAGAUUAGCUGUGCAUUUACCUAAUUAA